UAAAACACCUCGCACCGUAUCCUGCUUGUUAAGAAUUGUACUCUUCGAAUCAUAUGUGCAACAAUGGCGCUUUCGCUGAAAGAUAAGAUAAUCGUGAUAACGGGUGCAGCAAGUGGAAUCGGCCGGGCAGUGGCAGCGAAGCUAGAUGCGUGUGGAGCAGUAUUAGCUCUCUGCGAUAUUCAGGAAGAUAAACUCCAAGAUACCAAAACUCAGCUAACAGCUACUACACACGACACCUAUCUGUGCGACGUGUCAACCAGCGCGGCAUGCGAGGCGGUCGUCACAGCAGUUCAUGAAAAGCAUGGACACAUUGAUGGGGUUUUUAAUUGUGCCGGCAUUAACCCUAGCAACAUAAGCCUUGAGGAGACUGACGAUGCCUACAUUGACAAGAUAAUCGGGGCGAACCUCAUGGGGACUAUGUACAUGUCUCGUGCUUGCAUUCCCCAUCUAGCGCAGGGCGCGUCUAUCUUGAAUGUAUCCAGCGACUGUGGGCUUCAUGGCGCUGCGGGAAUGUCUCUUUACUGUGCGGCUAAGUUUGACAUUGUGGGCUUUACGAAGUCUCUAGCACUAGAGCUUGGCCGUCGGUCUAUUCGCGUCAACGCCGUGGCGCCGGGUCCAAUCGACACUCCAACGAUGCUGGGAAAUGUCAUUGGUGGGGACUAUAAUGCUCAAGUGAUGCAGCGGAUAGGGCUAGGUCGCUUGGGUAUGCCUGGGGAGGUCGCUAAUGUGGUGGCUUUCCUCUUCAGCGAAGAGAGCAGCUUUGUGAAUGGUGCAGUGAUUGAAGUCCACGGGGGAUUGUAGGUAAUAUUGUUGUUCCUCAUGUGGGAGGCUAUGUACAUGCCUCGUAUUAUAUUUUCUACGAAUCUGGAGCUCAGAGCGUCCAAUUCCAGGGCAGAACGUUCUUUUUAAACAUAUGAGUGGCAGGUGUACAUACAGUUCGCG